AAACAGGGCAUACCCUUGACUUCCGGCGGCAUUUUGAGUUGAUCCUCAUAGCGGCCUGGUAGUGUAUUCGUUGCCUUUCCUUGCUCAUCGAUCUCUCCUGGGCCUUUUUCUUAUUACAUCCCAGUCUCGCUUGACCCUGGCGAAGCGGCGAGAGGUGUGGUUCCCGGGAGCCCUGCGCGCACCUCCUUCUCCUCGUCGGCUUCCCGGGGCCAGGCACGGGGACGGAGAGUUGCCUCCCCGGCCCCUUGGAGCGGUGGCGGCAGUGGCACCUCCAUACUGCGUUUGCGAAGGGAGCUCGGGGAGGAGGAAUAGUACAAAAUGUCAAAAAUUAGAAGGAAGGUCACAGUGGAAAAUACCAAGACCAUAUCUGAUAGCACAUCCCGAAGACCCAGUGUGUUUGAGAGGCUUGGACCCAGCACUGGCAGUACAGCAGAGACACAGUGCCGUAACUGGCUGAAGACUGGCAACUGCCUCUAUGGAAACACAUGUAGAUUCGUACAUGGCCCUUCACCCCGUGGUAAAGGUUAUAGCAGCAAUUAUAGAAGGUCACCAGAAAGACCUACAGGGGAUCUUAGAGAAAGAAUGAAGAACAAGCGUCAAGAUGUGGACACUGAGUCCCAGAAACGAAAUACAGAGGAGUCAUCCUCACCUGUUAGGAAAGAAUCUUCAAGAGGCAGACAUAGGGAAAAGGAAGACAUAAAAAUCACUAAGGAGAGAACUCCAGAAAGUGAAGAAGAAAACGUAGAAUGGGAAACUAAUAGAGAUGAUUCUGACAAUGGAGACAUUAAUUACGAUUAUGUUCAUGAGUUAUCAUUGGAAAUGAAGCGUCAGAAGAUACAAAGAGAAUUAAUGAAGCUGGAACAAGAAAACAUGGAGAAGAGAGAAGAAAUUAUUAUAAAGAAAGAGGUUUCACCAGAAGUGAUUAGAUCAAAAUUGUCUCCAUCACCAUCUCUAAGAAAGUCUAGCAAAUCUCCUAAGCGAAAAUCAAGCCCUAAGUUAUCAUCAUCAGCCAGCAAGAAAGACAGGAAGACAACUGCAGUAUCUUCUCCUUUGUUGGACCAGCAGAGGAAUUCAAAAAGCAACCAAAGUAAAAAGAAAGGACCUCGCACGCCUAGUCCGCCCCCUCCUAUGCAGGAAGAUAUUGCUCUAGGGAAAAAAUAUAAAGAGAAGUAUAAAAUAAAAGACAGAAUAGAAGAAAAACCAAGAGAUGGAAAGGACAGAGGACGAGAUUUUGAAAGACAAAAAGAAAAAAGAGACAAGCCAAGCAUGCUUGAUGAAAUUAAGAGACUUGAGAGGAAAGCUGUUCUCAGGCAGUUUCAGAGAGAGACUAGAGGCAAAAGGGAUAGAGAAAAGGACUCAAGAGAUGAACGAGAAUAUGAACAAGAUCAGAGCUCUUCUAGAGACCACAGAGAUGACAGAGAGCCUCGAGACGGUCGAGACCGGAGAGAUGCCAGGGAAACCAGAGACCGAAGGGAGCUAAGAGACUCCAGGGACAGUCGGGACACCCGGGAGGUGAGAGACUACAGCAGAGACAGUAAAGAGAGCCGCGACCCCAGAGAUGCUCGGUCUGCUCGUGAGGCCCAUGACUACAGGGACCGUGAAAGUCGGGAUACUCAUCGAAAGGAGGACACAUACCAGGAAGACUCUCGAAGUUACGGCAGGAAUCACCUGAGAGAAGAAAGUUCUCGUACUGAAAUAAGGAGUGAUUCCAGAAAUGAGUCUCGAAGUGAAAUUAGGAAUGACCGGAUUGGCAGAAGUAGGGGAAGAGUUCUGGAAUUACCUGAAAAGGGAAGUCGAGGCACAAGAGGUUCUCAAAUUGAUAGUCACAGUAGUAGUAGCAACUACCAUGACAGCUGGGAAACUCGAAGUAGCUAUCCUGAGAGAGACAGAUACCCUGAAAGAGACAACAGAGAUCAAGCAAGGGAUUCUUCCUUUGAGAGAAGACAUGGAGAGAGAGACCGGCGUGACAACAGAGAGAGAGAUCAAAGACCAAGCUCACCAAUUCGUCAUCAGGGAAGGAAUGACGAGCUUGAGCGCGAUGAAAGAAGAGAGGAACGAAGAGUAGACAGAGUGGAUGACAGAAGAGAUGAGCGCGCUAGAGAGCGGGAGCGGGAGCGCGAGCGGGAGAGGGACAGAGAGCGGGAGCGGGAGAGGGAGCGGGAGCGGGAGAAGGAGAGGGAACUUGAAAGAGAGCGUGCCAGGGAGCGGGAGCGCGAGCGGGAGAAGGAAAGAGAGCGCGAACGAGAGCGGGAGCGGGAGCGAGAGCGCGACCAUGACCGGGAGCGGGAGCGGGAGAAGGAGCGGGAGCGCGAGCGGGAAGAGAGGGAGCGCGAGCGCGAGCGGGAGCGGGAGCGGGAGCGGGCCAGAGAGCGGGAGCGCGAGCGCCCCAGGGAGUGGGAGGACAGGGACCGGGGGCGGGACGACCGCAGGGAGCGGCGGGACGACGCCCGCGAAGACCGGAACCCCAGGGACGCCCACGACGAGAGGAGGGCCAAGAAGCGCUAUAGAAAUGAAGGGAGUCCUAGCCCUCGGCAGUCACCUAAGCGCCGACGAGAACAUUCUCCUGACAGUGACACCUACAACAGUGGAGAUGAUAAAAAUGAAAAACAUAGACUCUUGAGCCAGGUUGUUCGACCCCAAGAAUCUCGUUCUCUCAGUCCAUCACACCUUACAGAAGACAGACAGGGUAGAUGGAAAGAGGAAGAUCGUAAACUAGAAAGAAAAGAGAGUUCAAGGCGCUAUGAAGAGCAAGAGCUCAAGGAGAAAGUUUCUUCUAUAGAUAAGCAGAGAGAACAGACAGAAAUCAUGGAAAGCUCAAGAACUCGUGCCCAGGACAUGAUAGGACACCGUCCAUCAGAAGAUCGAGACACAUCUGACCGAGCUCAUGAUGAAAACAAGAAAAAAGGAAAAAUUCAGAAGAAACCUAUUAAGAAAAAGAAAGAGGAUGAUAUGGGAAUAGAGAGGUGUAACACAGAGAUAGCAUCUGAAGAUGGUCAAGUGUUUUCACCAAAAAAAGCACAGAAGAAGAAAAGUGUUGAAAAAAAACGUAAAAGGUCCAAGGGUGAUUCUGAUAUUUCUGAUGAAGAGGCAGCCCAACAGAGUAAGAAGAAAAGGGGCCCACGGACUCCCCCUGUAACAACCAAAGCAGAAUUGGUUGGAAUUUCCAAUGAUAAGGACAGCACUAUAGAGGAUUCUCAGAAAAAAGAAGAUACGGCAUUCAGCGACUGGUCUGAUGAGGACGUGCCUGACCGUGCAGAGGGGACAGAAUCAGAGCACGCUGCCGCAGGAGCUACUCCUGGAAGGACUCCUUCUCCGUCUUCCCUUGCUCCUCCCCCUCCUCCUGUGGCUGCCACGGGUCCUGCUGCUCUUACUGCUGUCGCCACCUUCUGCACAUCUACCUCUAUCUCCACCUCUGCCACUGCCCCCAACACCAGUACCACAUUCACCAGUGAAGACUCAUAUAGGAAAUGUCACAGAGCACGAGCAGAAAAAGUAGACACGCCUCACGUUACUAUAGAAGAUGCACCACAUCGCAAGCCCAUGGACCAGAAGAGGAGUAGCAGCCUUGGGAGCAAUCGGAGUAAUCGUAGUCACACAUCUGGUCGUCUGCGCUCUCCCUCCAAUGAUUCUGCUCACCGAAGUGGAGAUGACCAGAGUGGUAGGAGGAGAGUACUGCAUAGUGGUUCAAGAGACAGAGAGAAAAUAAAAAGUCUAGAAAUGACAGGAGAGAGAAAAUCUAGGAUUGAUCAGUUAAAGCGUGGAGAACCCAGUCGAAGUACUUCUUCAGAUCGGCAGGAUUCAAGAAGCCAUAGUUCAAGAAGAAGUUCCCCUGAGUCGGAUCGACAGGUCCAUUCAAGAUCCGGGUCGUUUGAUAGUAGAGAUAGGCUUCAAGAACGGGAUCGAUAUGAGCAUGACAGAGAGCGGGAGAGAGAGAGGAGAGACACAAGGCAGAGAGAAUGGGACCGAGAUGCUGAUAAAGACUGGCCACGGAACAGGGACCGGGACAGGUUACGGGAACGAGAGAGAGAACGAGACAAAAGGAGAGAUUUGGACAGGGAGAGAGAGAGGCUAAUUUCUGAUUCUGUGGAAAGGGACAGAGAUAGAGACAGAAUUUUUGAGACUUCUUCUCAAGUAGAGUCUGUAAAACGCAGUGAAGCAAAAUUGGAGAGUGAACAUGAAAGAGACGUAGAAGGCACUUCCCGAGACACUCUGGCUUUGGUUAAAGAAAGAAUGGAUAAAGAUCUAGGAUCCAUGCAGGGAUUUGAAGAUAUAAGUAAAGUUGAGAGAACAGAGAGUGUAGAAGGAGAUGAUGAAUCCAAGUUAGAUGAUGCACAUUCACUAGGAUCUGGUGCCGGAGAAGGAUAUGAGCCAAUCAGUGAUGAUGAACUAGAUGAAAUUCUGGCAGGUGAUGCUGAGAAGAGGGAAGACCAACAGGAUGAGGAGAAGAUGCCAGAUCCAUUAGAUGUGAUAGAUGUGGACUGGUCUGGCCUUAUGCCAAAGCAUCCAAAAGAACCACGAGAGCCUGGGGCUGCACUCUUAAAAUUCACACCUGGAGCUGUUUUGCUGAGAGUUGGGAUUUCUAAAAAGUUGGCAGGUUCUGAACUGUUUACCAAAGUCAAAGAAACAUGUCAGAGACUUUUAGAAAAACCUAAAGAUGGAGACAGUCUUUUUGAACAUGAACUGGGAGCUCUCAACAUGGCUGCAUUACUCCGCAAAGAAGAAAGAGCGGGUCUCCUUAGUAAUCUUGGACCUUGUUGUAAAGCAUUGUGCUUCAGACGGGACUCAGCAAUCCGAAAGCAGCUUGUUAAAAAUGAGAAGGGCUCUGUAAAACAAGCUUACACAAAUGCUCCAGUGGUAGACAGUGAAUUAUUACGACUGAGUCUUCGGUUAUUUAAGCGGAAGACCACUUGCCAUGCUCCUGGACAUGAAAAGACUGAAGAUAAUAAACUCUCACAGCCCAGUAUCCAACAGGAGGUGUGCGUGUCUUAGGACGGAAGUUCAGUGACACUCUUGGUACUGUCAUCCUUCAGGAGUACAUACUGUUUUUCAGAUUCUUUGGUUUGACAAGCAUAAUAGUGACAAAGGCAGAGAAGAUUUUCCAGCCAUGCUGAAAGAGUGAAGAACUUAGAUCUAAAGUUUAAAGACACUAGUUUUGGCUAAUUUAAGAUUUUACGUGGAUUUUUACAUAGUACUUGAUACACAAAAUAAUGUGAACACAUCUAGAUUUAGUAGUUUACUGUGUACCUUUUGUUAAAACUGAAGAUUUUGGAAAACAGUUGCUACUGCUUUUUCAGCCUAUGUAUAUUUUUUAUGAAAUGGAGCCACUGACAUAUGUUCUGGGUCAUCCGUACAGAAACUGUGAUUUCAUCCAGAAACAGUGUGUUCACAGAAUGAAUGCACACACUGUGCUGUUCAGAACCCUCAGGGGGGUGCUUGUCCUGUGUGCUUGUGUGUUCAGAGGCAGACCUCCAACAAGACAGAACCAACAUAAUCUUUUUUUCUAAAGUUCUGCAAUAAUUACUUAAUGUGUCUUUGGUUUUUCUUAAAUAUGUGUGCAUUGUUACAAUGCUUAUUGGAUGUAUUUGAUUUAUAAGUGGUUUUGCUUGCUAUCAAAGACUGUCUACAAUUUUUACUUUUAAUAAAUACCUUCCCUUGUUCUAGAUUUACUUUGCUCUUUUUUAAUCUUAUUCUUGAUGUUCUGAAACAUUUGUCAUCAACAUUGCAUAUUUCAUACUUCAAAUAUUUUACUGCUCAAGUUAUUAUUGGAUAGCUGUAAAUAUUGUGAAUAGAACUGAGGAUGUGUUCUAGCUAUAUAGCUCAGUAAUACUUGAAACCAAGAGUUAACAAACCAAUGUAAUCUGAGCUUUAAAAUCCUACCGUAUUUUUCAGAGCUACAACCUUUGAUUACAGUAAACUCUCUCUCUAGACUAUAAUACAUGUAACAAUUUACUUUUUAAAAAUUAAAACAUAUCUGCUUUAUUCUGUAUGUAAACAUUUUACUCAUAAAGUCGACUCCUAGGAUCCGAAAUGGACGCCAAGCUGCAGAAUUUGUGGGCAAUGAUAAACCAAUCAAAAUUGUAAUUAGAUCAUUACCUCUUACAGGUUUUUGUUCAAACUAUAAUCCUAUGUUACCUGUCUCAGUAGUUUUGUAUUGUCUUAUCUAAAAAUAUCAUAAUAUUACUGGUGUAGUUUCUUCUCAUUUCAAGAAACAUUUGUUGUGCACUUUAUUUUUACAAGAUAACGUUCCCAGCAAAGGAAAUGGUCUUAUUUUUCAAAUGACUUUGAAAGCAUGUAUAAAAAAGUUGCAAGCAGCAAAAAAACAAAAGAUUGUAAUCAGAUUUUCCUGUUAUCCAUUACCUUUUCCAAUUGGUACAUGUUUUAAAUAAAAGAGAAAGACCCUGGAGAAUGAAUACCCUUUAGAAAACUAUUUCAUUCUCUAUAGCAUAGAGAUUUAAAGUCCUAGAACUUCUAAUCCUAGUUCCCACAAUUGUGGUAUAUAUAAUGGUAAAAUAAUGGUUUUCCUGUUUCAUCCACUGACUUCAGGAAUAUUUCACAAGUUUUUUAUUUCCAGAAUGAAAACUAUGUAGUUUAAAUUUUCCAUAUAGCCAAACCUGUUGCCUUUUAAUUUUGAAUCUUUUUGUUAUGUUGUGAAAGAAAAUUUUAGAACUGCUCCUUUUUGUGUGUUUUGUCAUGAUAUUUAGAGAUUUAUAUUCCCAGUGGGAAUGUACCAUUAAGUCUCAUAAUUUUUUAAAAAUUCAAACAUUCUGUAUCACUAAUCAUAUGCCCAUAAAGUUCUAAAGCAAAUUUUUUCACUGAAUUUUUUGUAAUAGCUCUUGGACCAUAAUUAAAGUCUCGAUUAAACCAGUAUUCCUAAAAACA